GACUGUGUCCUCGCUUGGGAGUAAUCGGAGUGUAGUCAUUGGUCGAGUUGGCUCACACACACGCAAAGCUCUCAGCUUUUGGCGUUUCCCACAUUGAGGAGCGCCAUUUACUCCUACCACAGGGGGGAGAGAGAGAUAGAGAGCUCUUGUGCUUCUCUUUUCCCUCUCGAGGUGAUUUGAUUUGUCUCUCGUUUGAUUUUUGUCUGCUACGAUGAAGGGAAGCGCGAAGAAGAAGACUGGUUUGGAGGCACCGGUUGAUGCUUUUAACGGUGGUGAUGGGGAUGCUGGCAUUAAUGGUGUUGGUGAUUCGUUGGCUCCUUCUGUGGAGAACAACGAUGGCUUCUGGCAGAAAGGGGACGAACGGGAGGAGACCCCUUUGCAGGAUUGGGAAGGAGAGGAUGAAGAAGAAGGACCAGAAGAAGAGGAGGAGCAGGAAGAGGAAGGAGGGAAGGAGAAAGAGAAGGUGGAUAGAGAUACUGUGGCUGAAGAGGUUCAGGUUCAGGUUCAGGGUCCCAAGCUCGAUGAUGACUUCUAUGAAGUCGAAGCAAUACGUCGCAAAAGGAUUCGCAAGGGUAAGGUCCAGUACCUCGUCAAAUGGCGUGAUUGGCCUGAGAGUGCUAGCACUUGGGAGCCGCUGGAAAAUCUGAAGUCAGUUCCUGAUGUCAUCGAAGCUUUUGAAAAGAGCUUGAAAUCCGGAGUAGUGAGGCCUCGGAAGCGCAAACGCAAGCAUGUGGUUCAACACACUCAAAUCAAGAAGAGGCAGCAACGUUCAGCCACUUCUUACAGUCUUAGACAUUUUUCACCUCCAGUUGCUGAUAACCAAACACAAUCUUCUCCUCUCAAUGAUCCUGGUACUCCUGAUAUUCCUGCCCGUCCUCAUACUGUGAUCUUUGCUGAUGAUGGAGAAAAUUAUGGAAAAGUCGGUCGAGCUGAUGAAAAUGGGCAUGCAAAUAUUUCAAAGCUAAAUGUUGAAAAUGAGGAACCUGAUUAUGACCCAAAGCUUAGUGAGCUUAAAGCAACCACAAUCAAUGGAGUUGAUGGAGAUAAGGUUGCAAUGCGCUCCCAAGAAGCCAAGACCUCAACUGGCAGUGGCCAAAUGGGUGGUCAAUGCAAGGCGGAUUCUGGGGAACCUGGUCAAAGUGGCCGCUGCCGAGGAGCAAAGAGGAGAAAAUCAGGUUCUGUUAAGAGGUUCAAGAAGGAUUCGCAAUCAGGAGAGCCUGUUGAUGCUCAAAUGGCCUUGUCAGGUGGUGCAGCAGAACAUGCGCACACAGGCACUCUUGCUUCUGCAGGGAACAAUGGUCAUGCCAAGACGAAUGAUGCUAUGACUGCCUGUAAUAUCGUCAAGCUUAUAAGGCCAGUAGGCUAUUCAGCUUCUAUAGCCGAUGGCAAUGGGCAGAAUAUUUUGGUGACUUUUGUGGCUUUGAGGAAUGAUGGAGCUGAAGUGAUAGUGGAUAAUAAGUAUCUCAAGUUGAACAAUCCAAUUAUGCUGAUCAAUUUCUAUGAGCAACACCUGAGGUACACUCCUGCACCGACACCAUGAUUGGACAGAGUAGAGCAGCAAAUGGUCUCACAUGUGCAGUGAAAACAUCAUGUUGCUUUCAGUGCUGUAGAAUUUGUUCUUGUGUAGAUUCAGCAGAAAGUAUAGGGUCAAAAUCUCCUAGCUGGUUUAUGAUUUAGUAUAUGAAUAUGAACUGUUUAAGUAGCUUUGUUCUAUGUUUUAAAAUGCUCAUGAGUACAUUAUAUGAUGUCUGUGUAUUUAGUUUUUACCAUUAUGAUAGGAAAUUGUCUACAGGUCAGACUCUUCGUUGGUGAUUUAGUGUAUAAACUAUUAAAGCUGCUCAGUUCUUCGUUUUAAAUGCCGUGUUGGGUUGCUUAUA